UCACUUCCGCCGAAUUCCAACAUGGCAUCCAAUUUUGACGAUGACCAGGCGGAUGGUAUAGAACCGAUGGAUUUCUCUUUCCAUGAAGACGAAGAUCUUGCUGUUUCUAGUUCCAAUGCUGUAGAUACCAAGUUUGACGAGACAAUUGGGCAUGUUGAGGAUAUCAUUAUGGAUGAUGAUUUUCAGAGAAUACAGAAUGAAUUUUUAGAAAAAUAUUACCAGGAGUUUGAUGACACGGAAGAAAACAAAUUUAUAUACACAGACAUCCAUAGAGAAUAUGUUCAAUUAAUAGAAAAGCAUUUAGAUGAUGAACUAACAAAACGCAUGCCAGAGUUUUCCAUGGGUGAAUUUACACAUCAAAUUAUGGAAAGAAAGAACGAACUGGAAGGCGAAAUAUUUGAGAUGCUGUUAACUUUUAGUGACUUCAUGGCUUUUAAGGAAAUGUUUCUCGAUUUUAAAGCAGACAAAGAGGGACUAACAGUGGACCUAAGUGCCGGGAUCAUGGUUACCUCAAUGCAGCAGGGUGGCGGUGAUGAUGGUGCAGAUGACUGUGGAGACGAUGGAGGAAUUUCAUUGGAUGACUGCACAUUUUCUCUAACGGGACAUUCGUUUGGAGAUGGACCGGAGCAGAAAUAAUGUCUAUUAGCAGUGUAUAAGUGCUGAUUACAACAUGUCCGUCACAGGUGAAGCAUUAAUGCUGCUUGGAAUGAAUGGAUCUGUAUAUGAUGGCGGGAUGUCAAGGAAACCUUUCUGCCAAAAAUUCAUGUGUACACAGUAUUGAAUCAGUGUUUGUGUUUACAUGGAGUUGAGACAGUCUCAUUACGAAAGUUGAUAUUGUUGUUGUAGUUAAUGAAUUCACCGUUCAAUGGACACGUCCAUAUUGAAUCAAUUUUGUAUUGUAUGAUCAUGCACCUUCUGGAGUUUGACGACUUUAUUUGUAAAAUGCUAUUCUAAGGAGGCGUACAAUCCAGUAGAUUUCUGAUGUGACUCCAUCAACAACACAAUGGUGGAUUCAUCAAUCAAAUGAAAUCCUUAACAUUUCUUUUUGUAUUGAAAGAUGUUUGUUCCCUGCUCAAUCCUAAGACAGAUUUAUUAGGUCAGUAUGAGGUUGUAGGACCAUUAGAGAUUGUCAGCUGGUUUAAAGGAUAUAUGAUAGAUACCCUUCUGUGUUUUACACAGUUCUGCUAAAAGAAUUAACCUCAAAAGAAAGCUGUAUUGUUUGAAAUUUGUAGACAGAAAUUAAUAAAAAAAAUAAAAAUGAAAACAUUGGUGUAAAUGAAAUGACUUCAUUCAAGAAUUUUAGACCAAAUUUUGUUGCAAAUAAAGGUUUUCUCAUAUAAGUAUGCAGUCAUGCAUAUACUAUAGAAGUAAAGUAGUGUGAUGACUUGUACAAUAAAUAAAGGAACUAUAGUGGGUGUGUAAUCUAGUUCCUUUAUUUAUAUAUUUAUAUUUCGUUUGGUGAAUAUUGUCACAAAUUGAUAGAAACUUAGGGAAAUACUGAAGACUGAUUUUUUUUUCCAGUGGAAACUGGAAAGUUUUAGGAUUUGACUUUUUUCUGGACAGGGAUCAUUUCACAUUGGCAAUGCUGCUGUGUUAUAAUGUUUUGUAAAAUUUCAUGCUGAUUUUUUUUUUAUCAGAAAAUUUGUGAAAUAUUUCUCAUAUUAAAAGAAUAUUUCUGGCUCUCCUUAAUGAAUUUUAAUUAAUUUUGAUAGGAUAUUAGUUUGGUGACAUGUUUGAUGGAUGUUUUCACAAAAGGUCCUAGGACAAUACAAAAGCUUUCAUAGAAAUACUGCAUUUCUAGAAGGCACUUAAUUAAUACAAAGUGUGUAAUCACUAGAUAUAUCCCUACAAGUUAUUUCUAACAGGCAGUGGAUCCUCGUUAUACCCAGCAAAAUGGCAGGAUUGUGAGAUAGCUGACUAACAGAAAAGGCUAAUCUGUCCCAAUAAUACUGGCUGGAGAGUGAUAGAAAUGGAUUAGUUUGGGUUGGAUAAAUGAGAUUCGCCCGUACUGUUAAAACUAAAAAAAUAAGCACAUGUCUGUAUUGUAGGAUUGUUUGUGUGAUUUCAAUAUAUCUCGUCACUUAUGAUUAUUGUCUGUGCAUUGUUGUUAUGAGCCUUGCUGAAUCUUGAUGAAUGAAUUUCAAAAGUAAGUCUUAGAUCCCAUGCCCUAGUUCUGUCUUAUAACAUUGUUCAGUGCAGUCUUAGAAUCGCAUAUAUGCAGUCAUCUAGUUAAUGCUGUGCGACAUGUCGCGUACAUGUACAUGUAUCACACUAUAGCUGUAGGUACACUUAACAGUUCAAAUUCAUUAGAAUAAACCAAACUUCUUCAAGCUACCUCCAGUUAUCAGUUCCAUAACAGCUAGAAUUAAUGAAUCAAUUAAAUGCAAAAAGACAUUUUUAGAGUGAUUUUCAAGAAACAAAUGGUUGUUUUAAAAUUUAAGACAAUCUUAUGAAAUUUUUAAGAUUUUGAAAGCAAUAAAAAAUAUUUGAAAAUUACAACAUUUCUUCAGCAAUACUUGAUACUUGACUAGAUUUUUUUUUUUUUAGUAGAAUGAAUCACCUGUUUUUGAGUUAUGCUUCAAGUGACUUCUACUGGGGGAUUUUUAUUUGUGAAAGAAACCAUAGUAUGGUUAAAUUGCACCUAGAUGAACUUUUGUUAAGAAUUUGUGGUUCAAAUUUGUUGAGAAAAUACUGAUAAGAACAAAUUAUACAUUGUGUAAACUACAAGUGUUUUACAGUGGUACUCCCAUAUUUAUCGACCAAUAAGACGAUACCUAUACAAUAGGAUCACCCAUAUCAAUUGUAGUUUAGUAGAAGUGUAUCAACAGAUACUAUUUCAUUGUCGUGUGUCACAAGUCCACCCCUCUACGUUUAAUAUGAUAUUAUGUCUGGGCUGACUGUAGGAUAAAUGUGUGGUGUAAAUACAUACAAGGUCAAACGUUUAACAGUCAUAAUCCUCGAUAAUAUAUACCUAGUUGUGUAUUGUUUGGGUAGAAAUUAUCGAUUGAUAAUCAAAAUCUCAAAAUACCUUGUACUUUAUCAUAAUUCAACCAGUGUACGGUACAGCAGACAAAAUGUUGCCCUAUUUGUGCUUUUGACUGGUGUCGACGUCGCUGUCCUAACGAUGUGUGACUUAGUCUCCACUGCCUUCCAUUUAUAUCUUUUAUCUCUCAUUGUCUCUCCAGGUCAUUGCAUCUUUCAUUCCAAAACUUACUUGAUCUGUUUAACAAUACAUACAUUGUACAAGUAUAUGUUAUUAUAUUGAACAUAUACAAUUCCGUCCCUAGAAUCGUGACAUAUCAAAUACUGUUUUUAUAUAUUUUUUUUUUUCAAAAUUAAAUAGAAUGAGUUUAAAAGCUUGGCAUAUCUGUCUGGGUGUAACUAAUACUGUUUAAGAGGAGGGCAUUGUAACAAAAGCAAAGAACGACAUUGAAAUGAACAGAAUUGAAAGUUAAUGUUUCUUCAUUAUAAUAUUGUUUACAAUUUUAUUCUCACUCUGCAUUGAUGUGUAAAUUGCAUACGAAAUACAACUAUGAAUGCAAAUGUUUUCUGUUAAUGAAGGUUGGCAUUGAAUGAUUGUAAGAUGCAUGUGUUUUAGCUAUUUGGCAAAUCAGUUUUAUGAUUUAUGAAUAUAUUUUCAUUGAACUGAUAAGUGAAUUGAUCUGAUUGGUCAAUUGGUCAAGUAAUCUGAUUGGUUGACUGACCUUUUUAGUAGAAUGAUCUGUUAAUUUGUUCACUUGAUAUGAUGAGUCAAAAAUGCAAUUAUAGUUUGUUUGGCAAUCUGAUUGGUUGUUUGAUAUUGGUUGCAACUAUAUUGAUAAGCACUUUUUCAAUUUGAUCAAAAAUUAAUUUGUUUAAGUGGGAAAAAAAUCUGAAUGUAUUCUGUUUGUUAACUGUUGAUUCAAAUCAAUUAAUCUGUCUAUGAUAAGUAAAUUUUCCAGACCUCCCCAUUUUAAGCAGUUCUCCCCCAAACUGAACAAAACAUUUAAAAAAAAUCUCUCUUCUAAUAUUGAAUUAAUGUUUGUCCCCAUUUUUCGAACCUCCGGACAUUUUGUCAAUACAAAUUGAAGGGAGAUAACUGAACACUUUUAAUAAUUUGUUUUUCUUGUGGCCGAUUAAUGUGAUUUAAAUUGAUAAUUAUGGGGUCAUAAAAAAAGGUACCAUGUCUCGUCCAAUUUUGGAUUUUCAUCAAUAAAGGAAAUAGAAAAACUGUAUGUAAGUGAUUUGUGGAGUGGAAGUUUUCGUGCGUCAGAUUAUGUCAGCCUUUGUUUAUUUGUAUAUACAUUCUAUUUACAUGAAUAAAUUAUUAUUUAAAACAG